AUGAAAAGUCGUAAAAAGAUAAUGAGGAAGCAGCUAUCAAAAGCUGGUUUGGCUUAUUUUAAAGAAGGAGCCGUUGAUUUGAUAAAUCCUAAACAAACAGUUAACGAGCAAGCCAAGUAUCUUCCAUAUGAUAAAAAGUUAGAAUUUUUUAGAGAAAAAUUAAAGUUAGGUGAACAGCUGGGAAGUGGAGCUUUUGGUGUUGUAGUGAAAGCAGAAACUUUUGGCAUAUGUACCACAGAGCCUGUUACGAUUGUGGCUGUAAAAGUGGUUCACGAAAAUGCUGAACGAGUUUAUUACCAUGCUUUUGUAAGAGAACUUAAAAUUAUGAUGAAUCUGGGGCAACAUUUGAACGUAGCUCAGAACUCAAACGAUUCUAUUCAGUUCCGUAGUGCUUCUUACUCUGAUGAUUUACAAACAAGUUGGCAUUCUAACUACGAAGGCAAUUAUCAAAACUGGAAUGCUGAAUGCAUCUGCUCCCAUGACCUCCUCUCUUGGGCUUAUCAGGUAGCUCAUGGCAUAAAAUAUCUAUCGAGGAGAAACGAUUUACAUUGUGAUUUGGCUGCAAGAAAUAUUUUGCUAUCUACUAAUAACAUUGUCAAGAUUUGUGACUUUGGUUUGGCCCAGACGUUGUACAAAGAUAUAAAUUAUACGAGGCUACACGAUGUAAAAUUGCCGUAUAAGUGGAUGACCAUCGAAUACCUCAGGGACGGAGUAUUUUCUACUAAAUCCGACAUUUGGUCAUUUGGUAUUUUGAUCUGGGAGUUCUUUACUUUCGCAGAGACACCAUACCCAGGUAUGCAAGCCUCAGUAGUAUAUGAAAAACUCAUUGACGGAUACAGGAUGGGCCAACCUAGAUAUGCAACAAGAUAUCUUUACAAUAUCAUGCUCAACUGCUGGGAGGACGAGCCAACUUUAAGACGAUCAUUCACAAAACUAUCCAAAAAUAUUGGUAUGCUUUUAGAUAAAAGUACGAGAAUGCACUUCGAGAAACUGUACCAAGAAUAA